AUGGACGAGCUGGAAUACCUGCAAUCAGACUUUGACCUGAACUCGCUCACCGUACCCCGUCUGCGCAACAUCCUCGUCAACCAUGAUGUCCCCUACCCUGCCUCCGCAAAAAAGGCACAGCUGAUCCGCAUUUUGGAGGAUGAGGUUCUGCCGCAGGCUAAGAAGCUUCUCCGAGAUCGCGAUAGGGUACGGAGGACCAGUGCGGGCAUCACGGAUAUGGGCAGCCGAGCUUCGUCAGUCGUCAGUUCCAGGGAUGAGCGCGAAUCUAUAGCGCCACCAGCCACACCAUCCACUGUUGCUUCGACCACAGGCACAAAACGUGGCACAACUCGACGAAGCGCCCGUGCAUCUACAUUCGAAACCGAUGAAAACCGGGCGCCAGCUACACCAGCAAUGUCUAAGCGACAGAGUUCAGCGCGGUCUGUGGGUAAGCACGCUCGUGCUUCGGAUACGGAGACUGGUGAAGACACCUCCGCCACGCCAGUAGUUGCUGUCGGUAUCUCUCCGCGCAAGUCUACUGCGCGCAAGAUGCGGCGCAGCGAGGUUCUCCCUUCCACGGAGGUUGAUGACUACACUCCUGUCAAGGCCGAGCCUAGGGAUGAUGCUCUUCUCACGGCUGACAACCCCUUCCAGAGUGGAAGUCCGGAGUACGGUGGAAGCCGUAGGUCCAGCUAUGAACCCAAGCGGAAGAGUGGAGGAAGGUUGUCUACUGAGAGCCCGGUUUACAAGAGUGGCCUGCGGUCACGGAAGUCGACCACUCCUGGCAGCGUCAAGCAAGAAGAUGGCAUGAGAGCUCCUACACGCGAGUCUUUCGACUUUGCUUCUCGACUGAAACCUACGAAGGAAGAGACUGAGGAGUCGGAAGAGGAGUCGGAAGAAGAAGAGGACGAGGAAAGUGAGAUGAGCGCCGGUGAGGAGUUUACACCAGAGGAACAGCUUGCUAUGGAAACUGAGCAGUAUGCGCCGCUCGCUCAAGUUCGAAAACGGCCACGCAAACAGGGCAAAACCAGCAUCAUCGCGUCCUGGUUCGUCAUUCUGGGUGUGCUUGGCAGCUUCGGUGGCUGGUGGCGUAAGGAGAAGAUUGAAAUUGGCUACUGUGGUCUUGGAAAGCCGACCUGGUCACUCGCCGAAACCAAUGUCCCGGAGUGGGCUAACGUGUUGGAGCCGCGCUGCGAGCCGUGCCCGCCUCAUGCAUUUUGCUACCCCGAUUUUGAAGCUCGCUGUGAGCAUGACUUCAUCCUUAAACCUCAUCCUCUCUCAGUGGGUGGUCUAGUACCUCUGCCGCCAACAUGUGAGCCCGACAGCGAGAAAGCCCGUCGCGUGAAGGCGGUUGCGGAUAAAGCUGUGGAGGAGCUUCGUGAUCGGAGAGCCAAGUACGAAUGUGGUCAGCUGACGGACGAUGGCAAGGAGCCAUCGCCUGAAAUCAGCGAGUCCGAGUUGAAGGAGGAAGUUGCAAAGAAGCGCCGCAGAGGCCUCACCGAUAGCGAGUUCGAUGAUCUGUGGAAGGGAGCCAUCGGGGAGAUCAUCGACAAGGAAGAGGUUGUCAGCAACACCAAGCAACCUUCCGUCCUCGUCCUAUCAUCAACAUCAACAGCCCGACUCCCACUCACAUGCGCCGCCCGCCGCUACGUCCGACUCGCUCUCCUCGCGUAUCGAUUCCCUCUUUCAUUUCUAGCUCUGAUCAUUGCGGCUCUGGCCUACGCCCGCGCUCAUGUUCGGGCUCGCCGCAAGGAUAUUGCUCGCGUGCCCGAGCUGGUCGCGACCACUCUCGACCGUCUAUCCACGCAAGCUGCAUUGCACGCCCGUGGUGGCGCCAGAGAACCCUACAUCCCCAUCAGCCAGCUGCGUGACGACGUGCUACGCUCCGAAUUGCGGGACAAGCGGCGCGAAGAGCUUUGGAGCCGAGUCCGCCGUGUCGUCGAACUCAAUUCCAACGUGCGUGCAGCCGUCCGUGAAGGCCGCAGUGGCGAUGUCGCCCGGAGCUGGGAAUGGAUUGGGGGUAUUGGAGGGGUUGGCAGUAACGGCGCCGAACUUGACGGCAGUGCUCGCCGUGACAGUGCUCGGUUUUCGUUGCCUUCUCCGUCGGGCCAUACCGACGGAGAGCAUCAUCACAUGGCCGAUAGCAAAGAUGACCUAUCUGCGAGUGCCAGACAGUCCCGCCGCUGGGACGAGGGCCGUCCGAUCUACUGA